AUGAGGCGGACGCUCACACAAGAAGAAAAAGAUCUCGCGGCCGCUGGAUAUGAACAUCUGCACCCACCAGCUAAAGACUCCAAGGGCCAGGGCGAGACGCACGUGGAUAUUUUCGAACACAAACUUUCCUUUGAGAGGCUCGAAGACACUCUGAAGACCCAUUUCGACGUAAAGGACCCUGCACAGUCUUUUGGACUUACAACCCACCAGGCCAAACAACGACUUCAAGAAAAUGGACCCAAUGUCCUAACACCUCCUAAAAAGAGGAGUGCAUUUCGAAAGUUUUUGAACCGCCUUUUCACCAUGUUUAACAUCUUGCUGAUGGUCGCUGGAGUCCUGGAAUACGUGCUCCUUGGUAUCGACUUUCAUGGCAAUUUCCAAAAUACGUAUCUGGGCGGAAUAUUGAUUCUAGUGGCGUUCAUCAACGCCUCAAUUGAUUUCUACCAAAUCCAGAAGUCUGAAGCGAUUUUAGCGUCCUUCCUUGCUAUGAUUCCUCCUUCCUGCCAUGUAGUGCGUGAAGGCACCCUUUCGACCAUUCCUGCCGCGGAUCUUGUCAAAGGCGACAUCGUGCUCCUUCGAAGUGGAGAUAAGACACCCGCCGACCUCCUCUUAUUUUCAUCAACAGAUCUCAAUGUUGACAACAGCAGUUUGACCGGAGAGUCCGAACCUCAAGAACGACGUGCAUCUCCCACCGGCUCAAAAAUGCGACCCGUUGAAGCUGAGAACUUGGUAUUCAAUUCAACUUUGGUGGUCAACGGAGAAGGAUGGGGAAUUGUAUUGAGGACCGGCGACCACACUUUCAUCGGACAAAUUGCGAGUUUGACUGGAGGAGAGAGCGGUAAUGAGAGCCCUCUUGCCGUUGAGAUCGGUCGAUUUGUUGUCAUUGUGUCUUGCAUUGCCAUUCUAUUCGCCAUUGUUUUCUUCGCUGUGGGUAUUACGACAGUCUACAAAGGCAAGGCAGCGCAAACGGUCACCUUCGCUGUCUCCAUUCUGGUGGCUUUCGUACCUGAGGGUCUCCCUUCUGUGGUUACCCUUCUUCUGUCAAUCGCUGCCAAGCGGAUGGCGAAACAGAAUGUUUUGGUCAAGGAUCUGCAAGGUGUUGAAACACUCGGUUCGGUAAAACGAAAUCUUACUUCUAUCGCUUAUGCUUAUCUUACCCUUCUCGCGACGGAUAAGACUGGCACAUUGACCCGCAACCAAAUGACUGUGACAAACCUCUGGAGUGGAGAAACGAUGUACUCGGCCUUCCAAUCUAACAACGACGAUCAAACGACGAAGAGCUUCUCAACGGAUGCAUCAGGGCUGAAGGAAAUGGUCGACAUUGCCGCUCUCAAUUCGAGAGUCAAAUUCGACAGAACCGAUAUGCCCUUUGAUCAGAGGGUCAUUCUCGGCGAUGCAACGGAGACAGGUCUUACCCGCUUUGCUGGGCGUCAUCUCCGCGUUGAUUACGAAACUCAUGUCAAGAAUUACCCCAAGGUGUUUGAAGUGCCUUUCAACUCAACGAACAAAUGGGCCCUUGUGGUUUUGAACAAGCCACACUCGUCCGGAUUCUUGACUGCAUAUAUAAAAGGAGCUCCGGAGCGAGUUCUCGCGAAAUGCACAACAUACUUGAAGGAUCGGAACCUUGUUCCCAUUACCGAUGACUUCAGAAAGAAAUACGAUGCCGCUUACGAUUACAUGGCCUCGAGAGGUCACCGUGUCAUUGCCUGUGCUCAAUUACUACUACCUGGAGACCAGUAUCCAGUCAGUUAUCCCUUCUGCAGGACAGAGAACCAGUACCCAAGCUCCGAAUAUUGCUUUGUUGGGCUCGUUUCUUUGGAAGAUCCGCCAAAGCACGGUGUGCGCGAGGCGAUUGGGACACUUCGUUUGGCUGGAAUCAAGGUCAUGAUGGUCACAGGCGACCACCCGAAGACGGCCGAAGCCAUUGCUCGGAAGAUUAACCUUAUCCUUGGAGACACUCGAGAAACUCUUUCUGCGAAAACUGCCAGGGCAUUUCAAGAUGUCUACGAAGACGAAUUUAGCGCAGUCGUUGUUCAUGGAGAUGAUAUUGAUUCUCUGCAAGGAUGGCAAUGGGAUCAAAUCUUCAGCAAGGAAGAGAUCGUUUUCGCUCGCACAUCUCCUAAGCAUAAGCUAGAAAUCGUUAAACGUGCUCAAGCCUUGGGUCAUAUUGUUGGAGUUACUGGCGACGGUGUCAACGAUUCUCCUGCUCUGAAGAGGGCCGAUCUUGGAAUUGCAAUGAAUAUUUCUGGCUCCGACGUAUCCAAAGAAGCAGCGAACAUGAUUUUACUUGAUGACAAUUUCGCCUCUACAGUCAAGGGUGUUACUGAAGGACGUCAGAUUUUCGUAAACCUUAAACGUUCCAUUCAAUACACCCUUUCGCACAGCACUCCGGAAGUCAUACCGCAGCUGCUCUACGUUGUUGUGCCCAUCCCAUUACCACUCUCGGCGAUCUUGAUCUUGGUCAUCGAUCUUGGGUUCGAACUUUGCAUUGCUCUUUCUUUCGCUUGGGACAAACCAAAGACGGCUGAUGGACUGAUGCGCCUGAAGCCACGAAAGCCAGUCAACGAGAACUCGAUUCAUAUCCUCAAGCGACGGGCUCUGCGACGAUUCAAAACCAUGCAAAGAGACCUCGAGACUGGGGACAUGAUCCCUCCUAGCAAGUUUUUACGAUGGCUUUCAAAGCUGAAGAUGCCGUUCCGCCGCUCCUUUUGGGAGGAUAUAUUAGAGCCAACGGAGAACGAAACGUUGGUCGAUAGCAAACUCCUCAGCUAUGCUUAUCUCGAGGCUGGUUUGAUCGAAAUGAUUGGGUGCCUAGUUGCCUAUUUUGUGGUGUUUUUCAAGCACGGAUUCUCACCUGCAGAUCUGAAAAAAGCACAGGCCACUGGCUCUUAUUUUACCUCAAAGAGUCCUGAUUUCAUUAACAGACGUGGCCAAACGAUCGAUGCUCAAGGACAGGUUGAUGCCGUCGGUCAAGCCCAGUCGAUCGUCUACCUCUCAAUAUUCAUCACACAAUGCUUUAACGUUUUUGCUGUCAAGGCGAGACUUUCCUAUCCCUUCGGGAAGCGGGUCAUCGCCAACAAGUGGAAUCUCGCUGGCAUCCUUGCCGGUGCUUGCCUCGGGAUGUUCAUCAUUUAUACACCACCUCUCCAUGUUGUCUUCGGCGGUUCUUUCCACCUAUCGCCACUCUAUUGGCUAAUGCCAGUCGGCUUUGGCUGCGUUCUACUGGCAUGGUCCUCUUUGAGGGUAGUGCUGCUGAGAAAGUCAAUUGAACACAUGCGAGUCAGAGAUAUUAAAGGUUUAAUGAUUCCCAACGAUGAGAACCAUGAGUUUGCGAUCAACCCGUGGUUCUCGAAGAUAACACGAGCUGGAGACGAGAUGUCUUCCAAGAAUAAAUUACCCCAGGUUGUUAGUGUUUAA